CUAUUCUUUUCAAACUUCCUCUUUCUUUCGCCGCCGGAGCCACUUUCUAAGAAGUGCAGCAGGGCGCGUCACGCGUGUGCCUUCGCCCGCAGAGCUCUUGCAUUGCUUGCCAUAACCAUGCAGUCCACACUAUUCGUCCCCUUCUCUCCGGCAGCCCCAACUAAGUCGAAGCCACUAACACCUCUUCGUAGAUGUCAAUCUGCUCGCCCCCACCACUUAUCUGUCAGAGCAGAGUCAGUACAAUCACCAUCUGUCCCUGUGGACUCUCCACCUAAAUCCACUCCUGCCCAGAAGCUCAACAGGUUCAGUUCCUGCAUAACAGAGCCUAAGUCGCAAGGUGGAUCUCAGGCAGUGCUCCAUGGGGUGGGCCUCUCAGAAGAUGACAUGGAUAAGCCUCAAAUUGGUAUAUCAUCAGUGUGGUAUGAGGGGAACACCUGCAACAUGCACCUUUUGAGGCUUUCAGAAGCGGUUAAAGAAGGGGUGCAAGAUGCCGGCAUGAUCGGGUUCAGGUUCAACACCAUUGGGGUCAGUGAUGCCAUUUCUAUGGGGACAAGAGGUAUGUGCUACAGCUUGCAGUCUAGGGACCUCAUUGCGGAUAGUAUUGAGACUGUCAUGGGUGCACAGUGGUAUGAUGGGAACAUCUCCAUCCCUGGUUGUGACAAAAAUAUGCCAGGUACAAUUAUGGCAAUGGGCCGCCUCAACCGUCCAAGUAUAAUGAUUUAUGGUGGUACUAUUAAGCCUGGUCAUUUUCAGGGCAAUACGUAUGACAUAGUGUCUGCCUUUCAGUGUUAUGGAGAAUUUGUGAGUGGAUCUAUUAGUGAUGAGCAGAGGCAAAAUGUUAUCCGCAACUCAUGUCCUGGUGCUGGGGCUUGUGGUGGAAUGUACACUGCCAAUACCAUGGCUUCUGCAAUUGAAGCUAUGGGGAUGUCUCUUCCUUACAGUUCGUCCACACCUGCUGAGGAUCCACUGAAGUUGGAUGAGUGUCGUUUAGCUGGGAAAUAUCUGCUUGAAUUGCUGAAAAUGGACUUGAAGCCCCGAGACAUUAUAACCCGCAAAUCACUACGUAAUGCAAUGGUUAUCGUCAUGGCACUUGGUGGAUCUACCAAUGCAGUGUUACAUUUAAUUGCUAUUGCAAGGUCUGUUGGUAUCGAUUUGACUCUUGAUGAUUUUCAGAAGGUUAGUGAUGAGGUUCCUUUUCUUGCUGAUCUUAAGCCUAGUGGCAAAUAUGUCAUGGAAGAUGUUCACAAGGUUGGAGGGACCCCUGCAGUUAUUCGCUACCUUCUUGAGCAAGGAUUUUUAGACGGGGACUGUGUGACUGUCACUGGGAAGACCCUAGCUGAAAAUGCAGAAACUUUCCUUCCUUUGACAAAAGGGCAGGAAAUUAUAAGGCCAGUAGAAAAUCCCAUCAAGAAGACAGCACACAUUCAAAUUUUAUACGGGAAUCUUGCACCAGAGGGUUCUGUUGCUAAAAUAACUGGAAAAGAGGGGCUAUAUUUUUCUGGUCCUGCGCUGGUUUUUGAGGGAGAGGAGUCAAUGAUUGCUGCCAUUUCAGAGAAUCCUUCAAGCUUCAAGGGAAAAGUGGUUGUUAUCAGGGGAGAGGGACCUAAGGGUGGUCCUGGCAUGCCUGAGAUGUUGACGCCCACAAGUGCAAUAAUGGGUGCAGGCCUUGGGAAGGAUGUUGCACUAUUGACUGAUGGAAGGUUUUCAGGAGGUUCACAUGGGUUUGUGGUUGGCCACGUAUGUCCUGAAGCGCAGGAAGGUGGUCCUAUUGGCUUGAUUCAAAAUGGAGACGUAAUCAACAUUGAUGUUCAGAAACGAAGAAUUGAUGCUAUGGUAACAGAUGAGGAGAUGGAAGCACGAAGGAAGAAAUGGACUACCCCUGCAUACAAAGCCAAUCAAGGAGUUUUGUACAAGUACAUCAAAAACGUACAAUCUGCAUCCAGGGGAUGCGUGACAGAUGAGUAGAGAUGGCUCAUUUUUGGAGGCUUGAUGGAGAAAAAAACUGGACGUGUGCCCCGGCAGCUUUUCAAUGUAGCAUUAACUUUGCAGCCUAGUUGUAAAUCCCUUUAUUGAGUGUGACCGUUUCUGUACCGUUCUUGUGACACUACGAUUUAUCUUUAAGGAUGAAUUAAUAAAAUUUUUUGCAUCGAUUAUUUUCUUUUUCCUA